AUGAAACAUUUAUUAAAUGCAAUAAAAGUAAUAAAAGAUUGUUGUACCAGAAGAGAAGAAUUAGAGGAAUCUAAUUAUAAACAAUUGUUAGAUUUGCUACCAUUAAGUGAAUCUUAUGAAAUUGUUAAUGAAAGAAAUUUGCAUAUCUUAAAAAAAGACAUUCCUUUAUCUAACAUUAAACUUAAAUUAUUUGACAAAAAUAAAAACAGACAAAAUAUUUUAAAUACAAAUGUAAAAAUUACAGAAGAAAGUUGGAAAAAAGAGGACUCUGAAAAUGAAAGUUUUAUCAAAAAUAGACAUGAAGAUUUAUUAUAUAAAAAAAAAAAAUUAAAUAGCAGUAUAAUACAAGAAAACUUUUUAUAUGAUAUAGAUAAAAAUAAUGAAAAUUGUUCUAAUAGUAUUAUAAAAGAGAAUGUAAUUAAAAAUUUAAAAGAAAAAGAAGUGAGUAGUAACAUAUAUUGUGCUCAUGGAAAACUGAGUGAUAGAAAUGCAGUAGAAAAAAAUUUUAAACUAAAAAAAAUUGAAAUUAUACCAAAGUUUGAAAAAAAGGAAAAUAUAAUGAAUUCUUUUUCUGUAGUUUGUAUGAGAGGAAAUCAAAAUGAGUAUUAUAAAUCAAAAAAUAAUAAUGAUUACAUAUAUUUUAAUAAUUAUGAACAAUAUUUUUUUAUCCAAGCUUAUGAGUUAAAAAUUGCAGGAAUUAUUUCAGGUACAGGUAAAAAUAGUGUAAGUGUGUGUGACAAUAUUGUUUUUCAUUUAUUAAAAACAAUAUUGAGAAAUUUAAAAAAUGUUUAUGAAAAUAAAAGAAAUAUUUGGUUAUCUGACCAAAUCGAAUAUAUAUUAUUAUCAUCAAUAAAUGAUACAAAUAAUUAUAUAAAAAUAAAUUUACAAGAAUCGUUUAAUUCUGGUUGUUCUUUGUGUGUUUGUGCUUACUCAAAGAAACAUGAACUUUUAACAAUACUUAAUAUUGGAAAUAUACAAACAAUUCUAGUUAAAAAUAUUGAUGGAAAAAAGAAAGAAGAUACAAAAAAUCAUCAUAUUAGUAAUGCACUCUAUGAAACAAUAUUAAUUACAAAAAAACAUGAUGUUUUAAAUAAAGAAGAAAAAGAAAGAAUACUUUCCUAUGGGUGUAUAAUAAAUGACGAUUCAGAAAAUGAAAAUAAAAAUACAUGGAAAAAUAUAGAUUAUUUAAAUAAAUUUAAUGAAAAAAAUGAUUUAAAAACUUUAAAUAUAACAAAAGCAAUAGGUUUAUUUAAUUUCAGUAAUUAUGGUUUAUCAAAUAUUCCAGAUAUUAUUGAUAUUAAAUUAAAUAUUCACACAAGUGGAUUCCUAAUAUUAGUUAGUCAUACAAUAAGUCAAGUAUAUAAUUCACAUAAUUUAGUUGAAUUUCUUUUUAACAAAUCCAAUAAUAAUUCUUUAUUCGAAUCAUCUAAAAAAUUAAUACAUAAUGUCCACUCUGUUUAUAUGUCUACUGAAAAUAGUAAUAUAAAAGAUAUGACUAUUAUUAUUUUGCCUUUAAUAGAUUAG